GGGCUCCUCCUCCUUGGUCGUCUCCGGGAACUAAGCCCAGGCCCUACCUCCUGGACACUCCGACGCUCACGUAGUUCAGGGACAGUAGUCACUACUGCCACUUCUCUCAGGCUCUCCCAUGAGGCCAGCGAGCAGGGGCCCGGGCUGCGGCGCCGCGGGAGAGACUUCUAGCCUGCUCGUCUAACCCCGUGAUGGCUGUGGACAUAGAGUACAGCUACAGCAGCAUGGCCCCUUCCCUGCGCAGGGAGCGCUUCACUUUCAAGAUCUCCCCAAAGCUGAACAAGCCACUAAGACCUUGUAUUCAGUUGGGCAGCAAGGAUGAAGCCAGUGGAAUGGUGGCCCCGACGGUGCAGGAGAAGAAGGUGAAGAAGCGGGUGUCCUUCGCUGACAAUCAGGGGCUGGCCCUGACAAUGGUCAAAGUGUUCUCUGAAUUUGAUGACCCGUUAGAUAUUCCGUUUAACAUCACUGAGCUCCUAGACAACAUCGUGAGUCUGACGACAGCAGAGAGCGAAAGCUUUGUUUUGGAUUUCCCGCAGCCUUCUGCCGAUUACUUAGACUUCAGAAAUCGACUUCAGGCCAACCAUGUCUGCCUCGAAAACUGUGUGCUCAAGGACAAAGCCAUUGCAGGGACCGUGAAGGUCCAGAACCUGGCAUUCGAGAAGGUUGUGAAGAUCAGAAUGACAUUUGACACCUGGAAAAGCUUCACAGACUUCCCUUGCCAGUAUGUGAAAGACACUUAUGCUGGUUCAGACAGGGACACGUUCUCCUUUGACAUCAGCCUACCUGAGAAAAUUCAGUCUUAUGAAAGAAUGGAGUUUGCCGUGUGCUAUGAGUGUAACGGCCAGUCAUACUGGGACAGCAACAAAGGCAAAAACUACAGGAUCAUCCGGGCUGAACUCCAGUCCGCUCAGGGAAUGACUGAGCCGUACAAUGGACCGGAUUUUGGAAUAUCCUUUGACCAGUUUGGAAGUCCUCGGUGUUCCUAUGGCCUGUUUCCAGAGUGGCCUAGUUACCUGGGAUAUGAAAAGCUGGGACCCUACUACUAAUGACUAUAGUCUGACUCUGAUCAAGAUGGAACAGAGAAUGCAAGACAGCAGAGAAUGCAAGACAAGAGCGAAGUUGAACUGCCAUUUGGAUGGUUUUUGAAAAGCUAGGAUCCUGUUCACCUUUUUCAUAAACCAGCAAAUCCAGGGUGUUUCCAUCACAGCUGGUUUCUUGCUCUGAGAAGAGCAGGUGUGCUGGUCCUCUGUGGCAUCCAGGUCGGCUACGGAGGAAUGCACAGGAGGGUGCCAGGAUGGUCUGGAGAGGAGCCAACCUGGCAAGAAUGGAGGAAGCUGGCCUCUCCUCAGCGCUUGGGUGUGGAAAGCCAGUCACCCAGAAGCCACCAGUCUCCAGCCUUACCAUUGACCUCUGGGUCCUGGGCCGCCCAUGCUUUUCCAUGUAUUGCCUUCAUCUGGCACAUCCUCGGAGCCACCUUUGUCUCAGCUCCAUGCAACCCUGGCCUGCUACCCUGCCACUUCAGAAGAGGGAUGGAGGCAGCCCCUUUCUGUGCAAGCUCAUGCUCUACAUUUAUUCUCCCCCACAGCCCAUCCAGGGAUCCAGAUGAGAUAAGGCAAAUAAGUAGUUUGUGGCUGGGAUAUGCAUUCCUUCCCCCCCCACCCCACCUUUAUAAUCCAACAGGGAGCAACACACCAGCUAUUGGAAAAUCAUUGAUCUCCUUGUGGAAUCAUGGGGCACAGCAUUGUGACAAGGUGAGACAGUCCUGAGUUUUAGCUUUUCCUCUUGGCUUUUUUUUGGGGGGGGGGCUGCUUUCUAAGCACUCAGUUUUAUCCCUGAAUUACCAGAAAACUCAACGACUAGAUCUGUCUUCACUUGCCUGGCUGGUGUGUGAGCUGUUUUGGUUAUGGGAGGAUCAUAGCUCUCCUCUUCUGGAGCGUCUACUGCAAUGCUGCAUCUGAGACUUCCAAAUGGCAUGUCUGGUAUGUCCUCGAAGCCUCCAGAAAAUGCUUCACUUUCUCUGAAGUAUACAAUCCUAUUCCGGAUGCUUCACAAGCACCCAAGGACAUUGACUGGGAACUUUUAUUUAUGGUGUGUAUUGUAAGGGGGGGGGGACUGAGUUUUUCUAUGUUACUUUAAAUGUUUGUCAACUCUGAGGACUCAAAGAUGAAUUCUUUUCUUAACCAUAUUGGACUAUAGUGCAUUAUCAAGUAGUAAUUUAGACUCCUGGAACUGUUACUGUUGGAUGGACCCCCACAACCUGUGAUUUUCUCUUGGGCAAAUUAAAAUUAUAGGGGAGUUUGAAAACUA